AUGGACAUAUCUAAAGGAUAUCCAAAACCGCCGGAGAAAUCACACGACCAGCUUAUCCUCCUCAACACACAGAAUCUCUACGACGAUUACACGAAAUGGUCAAUCAACAACGUCUCAUUGUCCUUACCGGUGACGCCAUAUCUCGGAUCUAUCAAAUACGGUUUAAAAUCGGCGUACGAUUUAAAAUCUCCGCCGAAGAAAUUCACAGUUGAUAAUUACGAUAUCAUGAAACCGCCGCCGAAUCCAAACACCACGAAAGGUAGCGGAAUCUACAAUUUCCCGUUUGGAAUCGUCGUCGACGUGAUUCUUCAAAACGCAAACGUUUUAAAAGGUGUGAUUAGUGAGAUUCAUCCAUGGCAUAUUCACGGUCAUGAUUUCUGGGUUUUGGGUUACGGUGAUGGGAAAUUUAAACCGGGAAUUGAUGAGAAGACGUUUAAUUUGAAGAACCCGCCGUUACGGAAUACGGUGGUUUUGUAUCCGUAUGGAUGGACGGCGUUAAGAUUUGUAACGGAUAAUCCUGGGGUUUGGUUUUUUCAUUGUCACAUUGAACCGCAUUUGCAUGUGGGUAUGGGUGUGGUUUUCGCUGAAGGAGUAGACCGGAUUGGUAAGAUGGAGAUACCGGAUGAGGCGCUUGGUUGUGGAUUAACCAGGAAAUGGCUUAUGAACCGGGGACUCCCUUAAAUAAACCGACGUUAUUAUGUUUGAUAUGUGUGUGUUUAGUUUUCUUCGUUGGGUUAUUAAACUUUUGGGGGACAAAAAUAAGGAUGUUUUAAUUCAUAAGAUCAGAGAAAAUAUGUUAAUUCUCUUGUUGGGGUGGACUCUACUUAGGACCUCUCAAUUGUAUGAUUUAUUAAAAUAAUUUAUAGUGGAUCUUAAAUAUCUUA